GAGCGGAGCGGCGGGAGCGGCGGAGCGGUUGCGGGGCCAUGCAGCCCCCCGCGGCCGCCCCCGACCACAUGCAGCCCCCCGCGGCCGCCCCCGGGCCCGCCGCCCCGGCGGGGGCCGAGCUGCUGCGGUGGCAGUGGCGGGAGGUGCAGGCGCCGUGCCUGGUGGCCGCCUGGAUCCUGGUGGCCAGCCUGGCCAAGAUCGUUUUCCACCUGUCAAGGAAGGUGACGUCCAUCGUCCCGGAGAGCUGCCUCCUCAUCCUGCUGGGGCUGGGCCUGGGGGGCAUCGUGUUGGCCGUGGCAAAGAAAGCAGAGUACCAGCUGGAGCCCAACAUGUUCUUCCUCUUCCUUCUGCCCCCCAUUGUCCUCGACUCUGGCUACUUCAUGCCCAGCCGGCUGUUCUUCGACAACAUCGGCGCCAUCCUCACCUACGCAGUGGUGGGCACGCUCUGGAACUCCUUCACCACCGGCGCUGCGCUCUGGGGGCUGCACCGAGCUGGGCUCAUGGAUCCGGGUGUCGAAGCUGGGCUGAUGGAUUUCCUGCUCUUCGGCAGCCUCAUCUCAGCUGUGGACCCCGUGGCAGUGCUGGCAGUCUUUGAAGAGGUCCAUGUAAAUGAGACCCUCUUCAUCAUCGUGUUCGGCGAGUCUCUCCUGAAUGACGCUGUCACGGUGGUGCUCUACAAGGUCUUCAACUCCUUUGUGGAGCUGGGCCCAGCGCACAUCCACGCCACGGACUACGUGAAGGGGGUAGCCUCCUUCUUCCUGGUGAGCCUGGGGGGCACGGCCGUGGGGCUGCUCUUCGCCUUCCUGCUGGCGCUGAUCACGCGGUUCACCAAGCGCGUGCGCAUCAUCGAGCCGCUCUUCGUGUUCCUCCUGGCCUACGUGGCCUACCUGGCCGCAGAGAUGGUCUCGCUCUCCGCCAUCCUGGCAGUCACCUUCUGUGGGAUCUGCUGCAAGAAGUACGUGGAAGCCAACAUCUCCCAGAAGUCCCGCACCACGGUCAAGUACACCAUGAAGACCCUGGCCAGCAGCUCCGAGACCAUCAUCUUCAUGUUUCUGGGCAUCUCAGCUGUGGACACCUCCAAGUGGGCGUGGGACACAGCACUGGUGCUGGGCACCCUGUUCUUUAUCCUGCUCUUCAGAGCUGUGGGUGUUGUGCUCCAGACCUACGUGCUCAACCGCUUCCGCCUUAUCCCCCUGGACAGGAUUGACCAGGUGGUCAUGUCCUACGGCGGCCUCCGCGGCGCCGUGGCCUUCGCGCUGGUCAUCCUGCUGGACAGGACGAAGGUGAAAGCCAAAGACUACUUUGUGGCAACAACCAUCGUGGUGGUGUUCUUCACUGUCAUUGUGCAGGGCCUCACCAUCAAGCCCCUGGUGACGUGGCUGAAGGUGAAGCGCAGCGACCACCACAAGCCCACGCUGAACGAGGAGCUGCAUGAGCACGCCUUUGACCACAUCCUGGCAGCGGUGGAGGACAUCGUGGGCCACCAUGGCUACCAUUACUGGAGGGACAAGUGGGAGCAGUUCGACAAGAGGUACCUGAGCCAGCUCCUGAUGCGGAAAUCUGCCUACAGGCUGCGGGAUGAGAUCUGGGAUGUUUACUACAAGCUGAACAUCCGUGAUGCCAUCAGCUUUGUUGACCAGGGCGGCCACGUGCUCUCGGCUGCCAAGCUGGCGCUGCCCUCCAUGCCCAGCCGCACCUCCAUGUCGGAGUCGUCAGUCACAAACCUCCUGAGGGAGAGCGGGAGCGGCGCGUGCCUGGACCUGCAGGUGAUCGACACGGUGCGGAGCCGCCGGGACAAGGAGGACGCGGCCAUGCACCACGUGCUGCGAGGGAGCCUCUACAAGCCCCGCCGGCGGUACAAGGCCAGCUACAGCCGUCACUUCAUCUCUCCAGAUAAACAAGAGCGCCAAGAUAAAGAAAUCUUCCGGCAGAACAUGAAGAGGCGGCUGGAGACCUUCAAGUCCACAAAGCACAACGUCUGCUCCUCCAAGAGCAAGGCCAGGCUGAAGGAAAAGGGCAGGAAAAAGAAGAACAUCUCCCUGACCAGUGAGGCACCCAAUGGGAAGACACACAGAAACGUCCCCUGGCAGGAGGCUGCUCCUGUUCUGGUGAUGGUGAGCUCAGAGGAGGAGGAGAGCGACAGCUCGGAGACAGAGAGGGAGGACGACGAAGGGAUUGUGUUCAUUGCUCGAGCCACUGAUGAGGUUCUGCAGGGAAAGACAACUCAUGGCAGCCUGGACGUUUGCCCCAGCCCCUGCAUCAUCCCACCAUCGCCCACCUUGGCAGAGAAGGAGCUGCCCUGGAAGGGAGACCAGGCUGACCUGGCUGUUUACGUCUCUUCGGAGACCACCAAAAUCGUGCCAGUGGAUAUGCAGAAGGCGUGGAACCAAAGCAUCUCCUCCCUGGAGAGCAUCGCUUCCCCCCCAGGCACUGAGAGCGGGCCUCAGCACAGGAGGUUUGCCUGCCCUGUGCUGGAGGAGCAACCCCAGCCUGCGAGUGCAGCAGCGGUGGAGCACAGCUCCUGCUUCCAGUUCCCCAGCCACGUGUCCAAGAGCGGCCGGUCGCAGAGUGACAGCAGCCCGGAUGGCGCUGAGCAGCAGGAGCUGCAGCCUUUGAUGGCCAUGGAGGAGCAGGGCAGGAUGCUGCCCGCCACGGAGCCCAGGUGGCUGAUGUUCAACAGAGCGAGCCACCUCUGAGGCACACUGCGGCUGGGGAAGGGGCUGGGGGCUGCACAGGGGCUGCCACCCGCUCACCGCUCUGCUGUCUCGCGUUGUAAAGCUUGUGUGUGUCUCCAUGAACCCCGGGAGUGGCAGGAGAGCCCGGGACCCCUCCCAGAGCUGUGCUCCAGGGUGGGCUUUGCCCACACACCUACUGAUGCAAAACUGGUUUGUAACUGGGCUUCGUGCUGCAGCAGCAGGUACCAGCCCCUGUCCACCCAGGGAGGCACAGAUGCCAAAUCUCUUUCUCUCUGGUCCCUACGUAUCUUCACAGUGCUGGGAGGUCAGAGAUGUUCCUCCCAGGGCUGGGAGGCCAGUCAAACCCCGUCCUGUCGUGGCUGUGGAGGUGUGUGGGUGCUGGCUAACAGGCUGUGGCUGCUCACAAGGUGUAGGAGCAUGAGCUGCUCUCCAGCCUGGCUGUAAGUAGGAGACCUCCAGGGAGAGGGCUGAGAGCAGUGGCCAAUGCACAAGAGCCCAUCCUCUCCCAGCGACCAAGCCACUGCCUUCAGGGUGGUUACAGCGCUGUUUCCUCACAGCACACGUGGAGGUCAGCCAGGAGGCCAGAGAUGUGCUCCUUGCUGUGGCAGCUCUGUGUUCCCCACGUUAUGGAGGUAUCACAGAGGCAAGGCCAUGACCUUCUCAGGACUGGGAGCGGUGCUCCCCGGGGUUUGGGUUCCACUGGGAGCCAGACUCAUGAACCUGUACGCACAGGGGCUCCUCCAGCAGCCAGCCUGCUGCGCCCGCCCCACGCCUCUUGUCUGGAUGCCUUCCAAAUAGCUGCAGCCUUCAGCAUUCUGCCCUUGUGAGGAGGCAGCUGCCCUGCAUAAUAUCCUUGGCAUUCAUCCUGCCCACGUCCCAGUCCCUCCAGCUGCCCAGGGCCCCUCAGCUGGGAGGGCUGGUCGUGGUGUGAGCAGCGGGCAUGAGUGCACGUCAGGAACAGAGGCUGUGGGUGAGAUCUGAGUGCACCUCCAAAGGUCUGUCCCCAGCACCUGCCUCCUAGCCACCUCUGGGAGGGUGGUGAAAUGCCAUGGCAAUGGCCCACAUGGUGAAUUACCCCCUGGUGUGACCCCAAGGGCCAGGAAUUGCUCCCCAGGAUCUGUUUUGCAUGCAAAAGCAUGGCAGUGGGAAAGCACGAAGGAGGGUUGGGGCUGCUCUGCUGAGGGAACAGUGGGGCCAUGGGCUGCUGAUGCCCCAGUGCAGGUGAAGAGCUGCCUGCUGCAGCCACAGGGGCACAUGGGCACAGCACCUGCCAUGGGGACACUGAGAUGCACUGGCUGAGUGAGGCCAGCCUGGGGCAAGCGAGCUGGUGGUAGCCAGAACUGUCAGCGAGGCUCAGCAGAGGCUGUCCUGCCCUGUACCUGUCCCACCAGCUGAGCAUGAGGUUUUUAAAAGGUUUUUAUAUAGUUUUGCAUUUCUGGUAUGCCUUAUUCUGGUUUAGGUUUCUGAUAUUGGGCCAUACUCAAUCUCUAGCUGGGUCAGUGUUUUCUGUAGCCACGGGCACCACAAAUGACUCCAGACUUAAUCUCUUAUUUGCAAGAAUAUUGUUUUAAUGUGAAGAUAUAUGCAGAGUAUUUUGUAAUGUUCAAUAAAUGGGAGCUGGAGCAGG